UAAGACUUUAUUCCAUAUAGGAUAUUUGAUUUGUUUGUUGCUGACAGUGGAUUUUUUUAUAUAUCGAAAAACAAUUUAUUUUUGCUCAUUCCUCAGACAAAGCCACGUUUCAUUGUAUCGGGCUCCCUUGUUAACUUUUCUAUCUCACCUUAGUGCUUUUUAUUUCCCAGUGUUCAUUCUGGCCGGGCCUGUUUCUUCUAAAGGGGAGGGGGACUUCCUCUCUAUCGCUGCCUCGCGCCUCAGCCGCAGGAAACGCGUUAUUGGGGCAGCAGUGGGCGUGGCCAUGGUGCUGGUGCUACUGGUCGCUAUUCCGCUAUUGGUCCACAGCACCAAACUGGGUGGGUCUGGAGGUGGAGGUACGCAUUAUGAGAUGCUUGGAAGCUGCAAGAUGGUCUGUGACUCUUUAACGCCCACCAAUGAACUAACACCUGUUUCGCCUCCUCCUCCCGACACCCCAGGACGCAGAGGAGGAGGCAAGUCAGGUUUUCGUGGAAACCAAGGGCCACCAGGCCCCCCAGGCCCACGUGGGCCACCUGGAGAACCAGGAAAGCCAGGUCCACCUGGACCUCCAGGACCAGGCCCAGGGGGAUACAUCCCAUCGUUCUACAGCCCCAAAAUUGCCUUCUAUGCUGGUCUCCGCAAGCAACAUGAGGGGAGUGAGAUACUCAAGUUUGAUGAUGUGGUGACAAAUGUAGGGAAUUACUAUGAGCCUACCACAGGCAAGUUCACCUGCCCUCUUCCUGGAAUCUACUUCUUCACCUAUCACGUGCUCAUGAGGGGCGGAGAUGGAACUAGCAUGUGGGCCGACCUCAAGAAGAAUGGACAGGUGAGGGCCAGUGCGAUUGCUCAGGACGCCGAUCAGAAUUAUGACUACGCCUCUAACAGUGUGAUCCUGCAUUUAGACGUGGGAGAUGAAGUCUGCGUGCAGCUGGAUGGUGGAAAAGUGCAUGGAGGAAACACCAACAAAUACAGCACAUUCAGUGGCUUUCUCAUCUACCCCGACUAACAAAUACAAAACAUUCCUAAAUAUAAAUAUAUUAUCACAUAUUUAACGCCAUCACAUCAGGCCAAUUGAUAGACAACAACAUCUGAUACAAGCGAUACAACAUGAUAUAACGCCAAGAGAAAAAAACUGCUAAAUGAACUUAAAAACUGAUAGUAUACUUUAUGAUUAUAGGAACAAAGUCAGCAGCAUUGGUAACCCAUUUUAUUUUAUUUUAAUAUAUGAUGAAAUUCAAAAUGAAAAAGUAUAUUUAAAGAGAAAAAACAUAUGCCGGGACUUGAUUUUAUCCACUGGCAAUUGACUGGACUGUAAAAAGUGGUCUGUUUAUGAGUGGUCUAAACUCAAAAUUUUGUCUACUUCCAUAAAGUUUUAAGCAUAAGCCUCAAUAAAUUUAAAUUAAAGAAAAAAAAGUAUUACUUAAGUUACUGCCAAAGUAUUAAGACAACAAACAUUGUGUGAAAACAAAUCUUAACAGCGUGAAAAAAUAAUACCAAAAAAAAAAACGAAUAAAGAAUAUCAGUGACUACUAACUAACUCAUUAACAAUAUACCACAAAAAAUUAUUCUAAAGAAGAAAAGACUAUUUUGGAUGUGAAGCAAAUUAUAACAUUUUUAAUGAAAGAUUAUGUAGACAAACUUUUUUCUUUGGAAUAAUGUACACAGAUUAAUUGAUCACAAUAACACUACGUGAAUUAAAGUAAAUAUAAUUGAUUAAAUUCUGAUUUCAUGUUGACUUUAAUCGAGUUAUAGAUGCUCUGUAUUGACUUUGUACUGCUAACAGUCAUCUUGGUCUGAUCAUGGUGUAUGUGUUACUUUUAAAGGAGUAAUAUGAUGCUACAUGCACUUUUACAAGUUGUUUGAACAUAAAUGUGUGUUGGCAGUGUGUGUACACAACCACCCUAAAAUUAAUUGUUUAUAUUACUCAGAUCUUUACCCCUUUCUCAAAUCGAGCUGAUCUCAUGUAUGUGUGACAUCACAAAACAGGCCCCUCCCACAAUAAUUUGUUUGAAAGAAGCGUUUCAGCACAGACUGGACUGCUGUUUCUUACUUUAGACCAGUCCUGAGUGACUGUCAUUAGUCCACCAUUGCUUCACCGCCGGAGCAGAUGUAGACAAGAAUGACUCCUAAGAUUGAGGUGUUCUGUUGUUGGAUAUAAUAAGAACACAGCAGUCAUCAUUUACCCCUGACAUCUGGGCCUCUGAAGACACAGUGGAUUAUGUUUGUUUUUGAAGAGAAUUUGCCCCCGAUCUACAUAAAUGAGUCUAUGUUUGCGCGAAUCAUUCGUGAUCCAGCUUAACCCACAGUAUAAGUGGGUGUAAGUUUUUUUUUUUUAUGAAUCUUUGCAAAUCGACUUUCCAAAAAAUUUGCUAAUUAGCAAAUUUCAGGAUUAAUGCUGCUAAAGUAAACAGCCCCUUUAGAGAGCAUCUAGGAAGAGAGGGGCGGGGUCAGCAGAGCUCAUUAACAUUUCAAGGUAAAUGCUACAAAACAGCUUGUUUUUGACAGGCUAAAAAGGUGUUUUUUACACUACCACUGAGAAUUUUUAACCAAACUAUGUUACAGACUUCAUAUCAACAUGUGGAAAAUGGGUAUCCGAUUAAGGCGAUUACCAUGAGAGUCUUUUCUUUUAGCCAACCAAUGGUGAACAUAACGAUUAUUUAGUUAAUAUUUUUCAUGUAAAUUCUCUGAAUCGCAGUGUCAGGCUUUUUCCAGUUAACACAGUGACAGUAUGUUUUGUUCAAAGCUCAUCCAUUUGGUUAAAAAAAAAAACUACCUUUAAGGAUUACCCAGAAUUAUCUUGUUGCAUUUUAAUAGAUCACCAUGCUCCCUCUGCACCAUUAUGUUUGUGCGUGCAUAACUUCUAAAAGGCUUUACGCAUUUCAUGGCAUGGAAACUCUUUAGCGUUUUAGCCUUUAUGUUUGAGAUUAUUGUGAAAUUAUAAAUAAUAAUUAUAAAUUAACCUCUCUGUAUAAUGCCACAAACAUCCUUUAGGAUUGAUUAGUGGACUUAACAUUUAAAGUGACCUGAUCCAUCUGUAACCUGAAGACAUCCAGUUUCUUUGUGUGUGUGUGUGUGUGUGUGUGCAUGUAUCAGCGAUGUAUGUGAUUCACAUGUGUGUCCAUAUCAAUAUAAAAUGUAAGAAAAUUUUCUUCUAAAUAUCUGACUUGUAGAUUGAUUGCUGUUGUAAAGCCUUGCAGUUGUGUAAUUAAUCAUUAUUAUAGACUUUUAAUCUGGCAUGUUAAAGACUAGACAUGCUGUAAAUAAAAAAUA